CGCGUCUGCAAAAUGAAUUCCAUGGUGUCGUCAGUUCCGUGAAGCGUUGCUCCUGGCUUCAUUAAAAAAAAAAGGGAAGAAGAUAGAGGAUUAUUUAGUCAGGACACAGGCUCAGUGAAAACAAGGCUUUUACUGGCUGCAUCAGUAAAAUAUUCUUAAACAAGAGCGCUGCAUUGAUUGUGUUUUCCUCGGACUGACAAAAGACACACCAGUCUCCUCUAAGCCGCAUGAACUGGGAUGCACUGCUGUUAGCCUGUUAUUAGCUUGCUGGCUAGCUUCGCGAACUGCUCUGUUUUUUUUACCACGGGACCAAGCGUAGUGCAUUAUGACAGACAGCAUUAUGAGUAAAGCUGCCACAAUGGAGAUUCCUAUCAACAGUAACGGAGACACAGGGACACUACCAGAAGAUGACAGCCUUGAACAGGCUGCAAAUCUGCAGUGGAGCUUAGAUGAGCAGGUAGGGAGCUCCAGAGGCACCAGGGACCUACAGCAGGUGAUGGUAUCGGGUCCCAAUCUCAAUGAGACUAGCAUUGUUUCUGGAGGCUAUGGAGGAACAGCAGAGGGAAUCAUCCCCACCAGCUCAAUCAAAGGCCCUGCUGUGCGCUACAAUGCAGAGUUUAACAAAAGGAUCCCAGUUACAGGAUUAGGUUCCAACAUGCACCACAGCAGCAGCAGCUCGUCCAUGACUGCAGAGGAAGCGUCCCGCGGUGUGGCUGUGGAGAAACUAGAGACGGUGAAGAAGUGGGGUCUCAACACUUACAAGUGUACAAAGCAAAUGAUCUCGGAGCGUUUUGGUCGAGGUUCCCGGACUGUGGACCUGGAGCUGGAGGCCCAGAUUGAAGUGCUGAGAGACACUAAAAAGAAAUAUGAGAGUGUGCUACGAUUGGCCAGAGCGCUGACCAAUCACUUCUACAACAUGGUGCAGACGCAGCAUGCGCUGGGGGACACCUUUGCUGACCUCAGUCAAAAAUCUCCAGAGCUGCGGGAUGAGUUCGGCUACAAUGCGGAGACUCAGAAAUUGCUGUGUAAGAACGGGGAGACUCUGCUUGGCGCCAUUAACUUCUUUGUGUCCAGCAUCAACACUCUGGUCAACAAGACCAUGGAGGACUCCCUGAUGACGAUCAAGAUGUAUGAAAAUGCCAGGCUGGAGUUUGAUGCCUACCGGUCAGACCUGGAGGAACUGAGUCUGGGUCCAAAAGACGCUGUAGCCAUGGCCCGCAUAGAUGCUGCCCAGCAGCUGUACCAAGUCCAGAAGGACAAGUAUGAACGCCUCCGCUCGGACGUCAUCAUUAAGCUCAAGUUCCUGGAGGAGAAUAAGGUGAAGGUGAUGCAUAAGCAGCUCCUCCUCUUCCAUAAUGCCAUAUCUGCAUACUUUGCUGGCAACCAGCAGCAGCUGGAGCAGACGCUGAAGCAGUUCAACAUAAAGCUGAGGCCUCCAGGGGCGGACAAGCCCUCCUGGUUAGAGGAGCAGUGAGAGGGUCUCCUGGACCUCCUGCUGCCUCCUUCUCGACCACCUCCACCUGUUCCCUGUUGAAACCCCCCAACUUACAGAGGACCACUACAGAGGAAUACGCAUACAAAUACUUGGACGGAUGAAGAUAUGAGAUGAGUGUAUGAAAGGACGAUUGGACUGAUGGAUUGCAGGGUAUUAUUGAUGGGAUAAAUGCACCAGGAAUCCAAGUGGCCAGUUUCAUGAACAGUCAGGGGGCAUUUAGUGCCUCUUCCCAACUUCCUUAUUUCCACCCUAACCUUCUCUUUGUGCCCAAAAGAACUGUUCAUCUCUUCCUUCCCUCUCCCAUAUUCAACAUUAUAUUGCUGUGUGAGCUUAUGUUAGUCAUGUUCACGGCCAUUAUUUUACUUCUCAACUGCUCCCAGUGCUUGGACUUAAACUUCAACCCAACAACGUUACGGUUACUGAGACGGAUAACGGAAGGAAAACCAUUAAACCAUUAAAACACACUUGGAUGUAACCAAACACUUCAUCAAAACUCUUCCAGACCUUAUCACUCUCCUUGUGUGCCUCCUUAUAUCUGAGCUUGUGUGCUUAAUGAACAUGUGGCCUACAGAAAGAAAGAUAAGUUCCGAAAAAUAUUCAAACUACACAUGCAGAGGAUUUGUGCGGUACACCGGGAAGGAAUGUGCAGACAUUUCAAAUCAACGUGCUCUUCAAAUCAUGUAUUAUUUCACUUUGAAAUAGAUAGUACAUGAUGUUGUUUGCUUACAGUAUAACGAAAAAUUGCUGUGUUUAGUUUACUUUUGCUUAAUUGAACUGUACUCUUUAUUUAGUACUUUUAGUCGGCUUCUAUCAUAUUGAGGACAGUUUACUGUUUGGGCAAUGUAUGCUGGUGCUUUAAUCAGCCUAACUAUCAGAAACGCUGCAGACUUCCAGUGUAACCUGCAAGUUCUUUGACUUCAGCUCGUAUAUAUGCAACAAUCAUUUAAGAAACACUGCCACAGCUUCCCAAAGUUAUACUGGUUGGGGUCUUUACUAAUUGUAUUUUAUUUACCCAAAGAGAAUUUAGAAAUAUGUUUAUUGGACCCUAGGUUUUCAUUGUUUUUUAGGCAGCAUUGGUUGUUAAAGUGUCACUAUGGAAAGAGGAGGCUUUGGUGGACAGUUGACCUUUGAACGAUAGGGAUACGUCAGUUUAAGAUCGAACACACUCGAAUGGAAUUACUCCAUUAUGUAAUUGUUAGUAAGGACUGUAUUUAAAAGGAAUUAACUACAUUCUUUGUUCUCACGUUGAUACAUUUCUGUCUGAAGUUUGUUAGUCUUUUUAAAGUUAACAAGGACAUGUCAUAUAUCACAGUAUAUUUGUCACACUGAAGAUGACUGUGGCUCUGUAAUAUUACUGAUCCUAAUAUUUCAACAUCAUUUUAGCUGUGAAAGGGAUAACUAACGAUUCAUCAUUUGUCUCCAUUAACUGAAACACUGUCGUAGAAUGGAAGUAAACAAUCAUCUGUUGUUGACAGUUAGGAGAAGGCUUCACUACAGAAUAUCAGCAUGGUACUAAUUUAUGUGAUGUACUUUGAAUGCAUCACUGUAUUUAUUGUUCUCAUUGUACGUGUUAAUCUGUUGGAAUCAACAUAUUUGUACACUGAAAUUCCAGGUUCAUCCAAAUUACUCAAUUUAUGAGUAUGGUGUCUUGUAGAUAAAACACUUAAAAAACAUGCCUCAGUCUAAUCAUAUCUUUAAUUGAUAUACUCUAUUCUAAACAAACUGAUUGAAAGUAGUUUAGUUUGCCUUUGUCAAACCUGUGAAGUCAAGUGAAGAUAAUCCGGUAUAUAUAUAUAUAUAUAUAUUUUUUUUUCCUCCAGCAUCUUGUCUCUGUAUUUGCAUGGCAGGCAGUAAUCCAAAGAGCAGGUGCAGAUAUGUGUCAAUGCACUGAUGCUCUACUCUGGGCCUUCUGCUAGUCAGCUUACAUGGACUGGGAUAACGCCAUGCUUAUGGUUGUGGAUUUAAAUGUUAAAACUGGCUAAUCCAAAAUGUGGGUUUGCACCCUUCAAGACAAUUAUGAAAGGGAGUGGUGUUGAUUUUUCCAUGAAAAGCAGAUAAUGUUUAUAGAUUUGUUUGGCUUAUUUUUUUCUGAACUUGUUUGUGGCAGUGUGUAAGUUGGGUGUAUUUAUCUGGCUGAGAGUGUCACUGGCUGAGACCUUGGCCUCUCUUACGACUGAAAAGUGCAGUUCCACUUGAUCCCCUGGACUGUUUGACCAUCACAUAGCAAUAUCAACAAAAUGUAACUCCUCUUUCCCAAACCUGCCCCUUUGAAAUUCCUAACACUAACACUAAAAUGAAAGGCAAUAGGAUUUGUUUGUGUCAUUCCGUAGAUGCACCUCCAGUUAAUUGAAAAGUGUGACGAAUAUUUGAAGUCACACUUAAUAGCAGUCUUUCGAUUGUUGCAGAGAGAACCAAGAUUUAUAAAAUGAGAUAUUUUAUUUGUGUACAAUCAAUAUUUUCUAGGCUGAGCUGGUGUAUUGUACUGUAUGAAUGAUUGCACAUAGUGGUAUUUAAGAUGAUAAAUGAAGUUGUUGUAUGGGUUGAUGUGAUACUCUGCCUUCAUUCCUCACUCAGACCUGAAAAAAUCCUACCCAACCCCGAGGGAAAAAAAUAAAAGUACACAUUUUCGAAUGGC